UCUCCAAUCUUGAGCUCAUCCGUCUCGCCGCCCGCCGUCCAUGGAGAUCGCCGAGAACGGCAUUGCGAGCGGCAGCGUCCGUGAGCGUGACCUGCCGCCCUCGAAGCGAUUCAAGUACGUCGGCGCCCAGCUCGGGUCGGCACCGUGCGUGCUGCUGCCGGCCAAGAAGCGCAUGUUCCCGCCGCCGGAGGAUGCCGCCGUCUCCGUUUGCCUCCCGGUAAAGAAGAGGGCCGCUGUGGCGCGGCCACCGGAGGCAGAGGCGGCGGCCGUCCCGUUCUGCCUCCCGGCGAAGAAAAGAGCCAUUGUGGCGACGCCGCUGGAGGACGCGGCCCUGGUGUGCCUCCCCGCCAAGAAGCGCGCCUACGCGCCGCCGGCGGAUACCGUCUUGCCGGUGUGCCUUCCUGCCAAGAAAUGCGCGAGUGCGCAGCCGGUGCCUGAUGUGGUCGCUUCGACAUACGAGCGCGUCCACGCGCCGGCGCCGCGGGACGCCGCCGCCGGUUCUGCCCCGGUGCGCCUACCGGUCAACAAGCGCGUGUGCGCGGCGCCGCCGGCGGAUACGGUUGCUUCGCUCGGCGUCGUGGCCAAGAAGCGCAUCCACGCUCCAGGGCCUCGGCAGGACUCCGCGCGUUCCGUCCCGGUGUGCUUGCCGGCCAACAAGCGCGUGAUGCCGCCUCCAUCCGUGGAGUCAGAUGGUCCUCGCUUCGGCACUGCCAAAGAAGCCAGGCCUCAAGGAUCCAACAAACACGGCGGCGGCGCCAUCAUUCCCAGAGUGGCAAAUGGCACUGAAGGUUGCGCAAGAGGCAAAGAUUUCAAGAAACCUGAGAAGCCCAUCAAUCCUAAGGGAACCAAGGAGCAAGUGUCCAUGAAACCGGGCAAGCCAAGAUCUCCAAGUAAAUCUAAAGAUCUGGAGAAGAAAUCCAGCAAGAUCAUCAACGGCAAGCAGUCUGGAGUUUUUGCUGAAGUGCGCGAGAAAUCUGGCAAAGCGGCUGAUGCCAAAGGAGUAGCACUCAAAGAGGAGUCAAGAAAUGGACCUGCUGAAGCGGCUGAUGCUGAAGGUCGCGUGAGAGGCAAAGAGUUCAAGAAACCUGAGAUGCCCAUCAAUCCUAAGGGAACCAAGGAGCAAGUGUCCAUGAAACCAAGCAAACCAAGAUCUCCGAAUGAAUCUAAAGAUCUGGAGACAAAAGCCUGCAAGAUCGUCAAUGGCAAGCAGACUGAAGCUGGGGUUGAAGUGCGCAAGAAAUCCGAUAAAGUGGCCGAUGCGAAGGGAGCAGCACUCAAGGAGGAGUUGAGGAAUUGGGAUGACGAAGUGGUGCAAGAAGCCGUGGAGGAGGAUGACGGCGUGCUCUGCGCCGUGUGCGCGAGCACCGACGGCGACUCGUCCGACCCCAUCGUGUUCUGCGACGGGUGCGACCUCAUGGUGCACGCCUCCUGCUACGGCAACCCGCUCGCGCAGGCCAUCCCCGACGGCGACUGGUUCUGCUCGCUCUGCACCGUCAAGAAGAGCAUGCCGGCGGCGCGCCCGAGCUGCUGCCUGUGCCCGGCCAGGGGCGGCGCGAUGAAGCGCACGACGGAGGGGCAGUGGGCGCACAUCUCUUGCGCGCUGCUCGUCCCGGAGGUGUUCUUCCGGGACCCCGACGGCCGCGACGGCGUCGACUGUUCCCUCGUGCCGGCCCACCGGUUCGCCAAGGACUGCUACAUCUGCGAGAGCAACAACGGGUGCGCGCUGGAGUGCUCCCAGCCCAAGUGCGCCCUCGGCUUCCAUGUCUCCUGCGGCCUCGACGCCAGCCUGUGCAUCGAGUACCGGGAGGGGAAGGGCGGCGCCAUCGUCGCCGGCUUCUGCAGGGAGCACACCGAGCUCUGGGAGAAGCAACAACUGACAGGCAAGUACAAGAUUGUGGCAAGAGGGGAGGAAUGAUAUGAUCAAGAGGACAAAGAAUAUGGUGUGCAGUUGCUUUGUAACGCUGAAGAUUUGUUUUUUUUAUUACUUAUUAGGAUUUAUGAUCUACGGUUUACUCCGUAGUACUCAAUUCUCCUUUGCUAGAUUGUAGAAAACUUUCGUGAAAAUUGAAUAAGUUGUUUUUGGAUCUUAGAAAUUUACGGAUUUGCAGGUCCGAUUUCUCGUUCUUUUUUUUUGGAACUUUCACGUUGGCCUCCAGAUAAGAUCAGGAGUGCUAAUGCCAGAAGGUUAAAUGCAGAAGCAGAACUGCCUCGCAAAAAAAGAAGCAGAACUGAGCUUCAGAACUAGAUUUAGAUCAUAUUUUGUACUUCAAGAGCUGUGUAAUUUGUAAAUUUACCAGUACGGGUCCAACCAGAUCCCGUCUGGGUCA